AUGCGGUUCUUUAUGUUUUUAGGUUCUGUCAUUAUAAUUACCUACAUCUACGCCUCUCUCUCGGCGAAGGAAAGGAAACCCCUCCAUUCCGUUGGAGGGUUUACGAUGCGCCAUGAUAUCGAGGAAAAUGUUACAAGGCAAGUCAACGGCAGCAACAAUCAUGGGAAAACCAUUGAAAAUUAUCAGCACACCGAAAGAGGCAUCAUGCCGGAGAAGAAAAAUCUCGUUUUAGUGCAUAGCACUAAAACCUUUUCGGCUGAUUUAAAUCCACUGCCAAAGUCGGCGGAGAGCGAGGAUAUCAAGAACAUUAUACGGAACAGACUUUUGAAAUACCCAAGGAAACCCAAAAAGAUGCUACGCAAUCGGAAUCAGUCCCUGAAACCCCUAACCACUGUAAGCAGUGUAAAAACAUCAAGUGCUGCACCCGUAUUACCUGUACUUACUCCAGUACUUACAAUGAAGCUCUAUGAAACCGGCCACCUGAACGAAGAGAUUGAUAUACAGAGAAUAUGCACACACGGGGGAUCAAGUUUAAAGCUGCUCAUUCUGAUCACCUCAGCACAGUCCCACUCUAUGGAGAGAAUGUCGAUCAGACAGACCUGGAUGCACUAUGCAAGUUGGCGAGAUGUGGGCAUGGCCUUUGUCCUCGGCCGCACUACGAAUGCGACCCUUAAGGAGUCUCUCAACCAGGAGAACUAUAUUUAUGGCGAUAUGAUACGUGGAAACUUCAUAGACUCGUACUUAAAUCUCACUCUAAAGACGAUCUCGAUGCUUGAAUGGGUAGAUACGCACUGUCCCCGUGUGAAGUACAUCCUUAAGACCGAUGACGAUAUGUUCAUCAAUGUUCCUAAGCUGCUGGACUUCAUAGACGAGCACAAGGAUAAGCGAACCAUUUAUGGUCGCCUGGCCGAGGAGCAGGAGCCUGAACGCAAUAGGGGAUCCAAGUAUUUUGUACCAUAUCAUCAAUUUAGGGGCGCCGAGUUCCCAAAGUAUACCACCGGAGGAGCCUACCUCCUCACUGGAGACAUUGUACAUGAGCUUUACAUGGAAUCGCUCAAUAUGUAUUAUGUGCAACUGGAGGAUGUCUUCACAACGGGCAUUGUGGCCCAAAGCUUGAAGAUUAGGAGGGUGCAGGCUGAUGAAUUUCGCAACGUUCGUACCACAUUCAACGCUUGCUACAUUCGCAGCGUGAUCAGUGUGAAUAAACUCGAGGUACACGAACAAUACUAUCUUUGGAGGAAGAUGCUGGACCCUUCUAUUAAGUGUAAAGGGAUUUGGAGAAUGAGCUGCGGCGCUGUAGAACAGCCAAAGUGAACUCCUUUAAGUUUUGAGAAUGAUUGAUCCAAAAAUUGGUUGAACAAAGAUGUAGACAUAUGUAAAAAAUAAAUCUAUGUAAGAGA